CCAUAACAGCCCAGUCUUUCAUCACUUUGAUUCAUCGCCAUUAUCUCCUUAAUCAGCCAGAACAAGAAAAAAACAAAAAAAAACAAAAUGCGCUGCGCUCUUCUGUUCUUCUUCUUGGCUCCGAUUACCGUUCUUGCGCUCAGCAUCAAGCCUCUUCUUGGCGGCGCGAGUAAACUCGGCGGCGCGAGCAAACUCGGCAGCGCGAGUAGACUCGGCAGGAGGCCUGCCACGCCUGCUGUUGCCAGGCCUCUGACUGGUCCGUUGUGCUGCGGCCAAGGUGUUGCAGACCCCACUGGAACCUGUAGUGGUCAGGGGUUGAACUCGUUUUGUUGCUCUGACCAGCGGAACGAUCUUGGGACCGGGUGUGACAACGUGGCAAGAUUUCCGAUCGGACGCCAGGUCGUCUCCUUUGCGUCUAGCGAUAUUACUUGUGAUGGGACUGGAUUCAUUGGGUGCGCAUAAUGAUCACGACGGCCCAGGAGAACUGGGCAGGUGCGAUACCGUUUGAAUCUCUGCCAUUGGACGCCAGGUCACAGGUCUCGUUGCCGGUAGCUCCUAUAAGAGGAUUGGUGGCCCUAGCGAUGCUUUGAUGGGACCGUUCGGAGCCGCGUAACUGUGUCGAACGCUGGCGUUAGGUGGUGUGUUAAGAUUUAUGUUAUGAUACCCGCUAUUAGUCGAGGCGCUGUGCGUCACUAAAAUAUUGUAUCUUACCUGCGUACGGCUGC